AAUGCAUUAUUGGAAUAUAAGAAGGUAACGAAUGUGAAGCAACAAGUGGUGUCAGGGACCAUGUACUACAUUACGCUGGAGGCUGCUGAUGGUGGUCAGAACAAGGUAUAUGAGGCCAAGGUGUGGGUCAAGCCAUGGAUGCAGUUUAAGGAAGUUCAGGAAUUUAAGCAUGUCGGUUACACCUGA